AUGGGUGAUGUUGAGUACCUCCGCUCCAAGCUCACGUCGCAUCCCGAUUUUCCACAAAAGGGUAUCGUCUUUUUGGACAUUUUCCCCAUUCUCCGCGAUCCGAUAGCAUUCGAGACUCUCAUCACGCAUUUCCUGUACCACCUUACCUCGCACACUAUUCCCUCUAUUCCUUCCAAGAAAAUCGAUGUCGUCGUAGGCCUUGACGCCCGCGGAUUCCUCCUAGGUCCCAUCAUUGCUCUCCGUCUCGGUGCGGCAUUUGUCCCUGUCCGCAAGACAGGAAAACUACCUGGGACUUGUGAAACGGCUACUUAUGAGAAGGAAUAUGGAACAGAUUCUUUCGAGAUGCAAAGUGAUGCUAUAAAACCAGGGCAAUCUGUUAUCAUCGUCGACGAUCUUAUUGCCACAGGAGGAUCGGCUAAAGCAGCUGGAGAACUUGUCGCCAAACUCGGUGGCAAGACCGUCGAGUAUCUCUUUAUCAUUGAACUCUUGUUUCUCAAAGGGGGGUCAAAAUUGGAUGCCUCAGUCUAUUCCAUUGUCCAGUCCAAUGAUUAG